GUUCGAUAGCUUGUGGCCUUGACAUCAACAGGAAUCCUAUCGGAAAACGAGUGCGCGUCAUGAGGCAUGACGACUGGAUAGUUUGUUCUGAGCUCGGCUCAUAUCAUGGUCCAGAGACGGCCCGCUUUGCGAGUUGCCGGGCCUCCUUGCUCCAUGGAUGGCUGCGCAUGCACAAAGCCCUGUAAGCCUCGGCCCGCGUGGCUUGCGAGCCUCUUGAAGUCCAGUGGAACUGGAACGGGCGGAGCCCACCGCACCAUGGCGCUGCUCGCCGCCGCCGCCCGCCGCCUCCCGCGCCACCUCCGUCUGCUCCACCCCCGCCGCCUCACCACCACCUCCCCAUCCCCUCCCCAUCCGGACCCCGAAACCCCCACCCCAGAGUGGUCCCCCGUCCGAGCUCCGCCGGACGAGCAGUUCGCGACGUGGGUCACGCGCCUCCGCCCGGGCUUCACCGCGUCCGACCUCGCCGCGGCCAUCUCCGCCGAGCCUGACCCGGACCUCGCGCUCGCGCUCUUCCGCUGGGCCGGGCUGCGCCCGGGGUUCCGCCACGCGCCCGAAUCCUACUUCGCCGCGAUCAAGGCGGCCUCGUCCGGCCGCCGCCCCGCCGCCGCGGAGGCGCUCGUCCACGACGUCUUCGCGGGGGCCUGCGCGCCCGACCUCCGCCUCUUCAACGCCUGCCUCCGCUUCUGCUGCGACCGCCGCAGCCUGUUCCCGCUCGCCUUCGACAUGUUCAACAAGAUGCGCGCCAUGCCCGCGGCCGCCGGAUGCCGCCCCGACGUCGAGACCUACACGCUCCUCCUCAGCGCCGUCGUGCGCCGCGUGCGCCGCCCGCCGGCGUCGAUGGUCUACCUCCACGCCGUCCGGUCCCUCUCCCGCCAGAUGAAGGCCUCCGGCGUUGUCCCGGACACCUUCCUGCUCAACCUCAUCAUCAAGGCCUACGCGCGGUGCGUGGAGGUGGACGACGCGCUCAAGGUGUUCCGUGAAAUGCCGCUGUAUGGCUGCGAGCCAAACGAGUUCACCUAUGGGUACAUUGUCAAGGCCAUGUUUCAGAAGGGCUGGACAGACAAGGGCAUGGUGUAUUUUGCAGAGAUGAGGGAGAAGGAAUUUGUGCCAUCCGGAGGCGUGUACAUGAUCGCUGUGUCGGCGUUGGCAUUGGAAUGGAGGUUCGAGGAAUCGAGGCGGGUGCUGCUGGAUAUGUUGGAUUGCAAGAGGAAGCCGGAUAUGAUCACAUACAGGACACUGCUGGAGGAGAUGUGCCGGGCUGGGCAAACUGAGCAGGCGUUUGAGGUGCUGGAGGAACUGAAAGGGAGGAAGCGAGGGCCAUUGGACCAGAGGAUGUACUCAGAAUUGCUUGAUGGGUUGCAUUGGAUUUCCCAGCCUCAUAAGGACAACCGAACUGUCCAUGACAAGGGUUCUGAUGAUUGAAAUGAUGUGUUGUGGUGAUAAUGCUCAUCCAGAAUCAAUGAAUCAUAUGCAUGGCUGGUUCUGGUUGAGAAGACUGACUACAUACCUCUGCUUCAAGCAUUCACGGUGAAUAGAUGCAGAGUCACCCCAACUCACAUUAACGCUACCACUACAGUAGCACAAUUGAUGCAAGGCCAAGGCAAAGAGAAGAUCAGCAGAAUACCUCAUGGGAAAUGUGCGAUCAAAACUCUUGCACAGUAGGGAUGCUACUACUGUGGGGAUGAUUUCUAUAAGUUGUGGAUACUGUCAUGAUAAUAGCUGACCAAUUUUCCUGUCAGUGACAACAUUUGAAUCUUGUACGUCCGUUCAGAAAAAAGUUGUUCCAGGUAUCAUAUGGCACCAACAGCUACAUAACGAUUGCAGUGUCUUACAUCUGAAUUGAUUUGAAGUGUACCAUUGGAAGAAAUCAUGUUUAUAUGCUGGAGCUA